UAACAACUAUUAAAACUUUAAUAAUCUAUAAAUAAAUUCAUUUUUUACGUUAAAAAUGACUUUGGAGAAAAUUUAUAAAUCACGAAAGUUUCCAACUUUCGUAUUAAUAAUCUAAAAUCAACGCUUACAUUCAAAAAGGAAGAAUAUACUUUAUGCGGUAAAAUUUAUCGUCAUAAAAUCGUCAAAACCGGAAAAGAUUAGUCAUUUGUGGCUUAGAAAAUCAAUGGAAGAUCCUAAUCAUGGGAUACAUAAUAAAGGCGCAGCUAAAUACGGAAAAAAAUUCUCACCAUAGAAAACCGUAUUUUUUUCCCAAACAUUUUCUUAAAAAAGGAUGAGAGGAUAUUCACUAGAACAAGAUUUAAAAUUAUUAAUAAAUAAUUCAAAGUAUAGCGAUUUAGAAAUUUUAUGUGAAGAUGGAAAGAAAUUACACGCUUGUAGAGCAAUUUUAGCAGCAAGGUCCGAAGUAUUUGAUGGUUUACUUUAUAAUGGAAUGAAGGAAACUUAUGAAAACCUGAUUUCUUUUCCAAAAAUUAAUUCAGCUGGAAUGGAGAUUAUAUUAGAAUAUAUUUAUACUGGAUCAGUUAAAAAAAAAUCUUUUACAAGAGAUAAUAUAAUUGAAGCUUUGUAUGCUUCAGAUUUUUUUCAAUUAACAGAACUUCAUGAUUUUAUUAUGAAAACAAUUAAGAAUUCUAAUUUCGUAAAAAAUUAUUCACCAGAAUUAUUAUCAAAAGUUGUAAAUAUAAUGCCAUUAUCAGAAGAUAAUAUUUUUCUAAAUUUACUGGUUGAAGCUGUAGCGGCUAUUCCAUUAAAUACUAUUGAAUUUAAUCGAUUAUCUAUUGCGGCAUUACAGUAUCUUUUAUUUCGUACACAUGAAAAAGAAACAACAUUUGCAACCUCAGAAUAUGAAGUUUUUCGAUAUUGUGCUAUUCUUACAGCAAAACAAGUUUCCAAUGAUGCAUACAAAACUCUUAUGGAAUGGUUGCCAACCUUAGAACAGAUAGAAAAUUCAGUCCAUAAAAUCGACAACAAAUCCAUUAUUGAUCAUCAAAAAGUUGCUAAAGAAUUGGAACCUUUAAUUAAAUUUAUUGAUUUUAGACUAAUUAAGACUCACAUAUUAGCUGAUUUUAUUGAACCACUAGGAAUUGUUCCGACCGAAUUGGUUUUAAGUGUUUAUAGACAUAAAGCUCUAUUGAAUAAUUCAGACUUAAAUGAUAAUCGAGGAAUAUCAUUUUAUAGAUUUAAUGAAUCUCUUCUUGCCUGGGAUGAAUCGGCGUGUGGAUCAAGCCUUAUUAUUGAGGGUAAUGGAAAAGUUGUACGUUCAUUGGAUGCUCUUAAAUUCAAUAGCCAAAGUGUUAGUGCUAAAGUAAUAUUAAAAGAUAAAAGAAUCUUCGAAUGGGAUGUCAUUAUCGAAAAUGAUUGUGGUUAUUCUUGGGUUGGAAUAUGUUCAUCAGAAAAUUUUGAUUAUGAAUCCUGGACAGGAAAACAAUCUACUAGUUGGAUAUUAGGUUCCAGUGGUAAUUGUUAUAAUUCUGAUAAUAAAUCAAUAGGAUAUUGUCCGCCAUUUGGAGAUGGUACAAAAAUUACUGUUCAUUUAAAUAUGAUUAAAAGAACCUGUGCUUUUACAGUUAAUGGUACAAAAUAUCCGGAGGUACCAGAAUGGAAUAAUUUACCAUCAAAACUUUAUCCGGUAGUAUCAUUAAAAUUUCCAGGUCGUUUACGAAUUCAAUCUCAUCAAAAAAUUUGAUUUAUACACAUGUAUUGAAAUAUCUUUGGAAUUGUUGUGUUUAUUUAUUUAAACAAUUAAUUCGCAGAACGUACUGUAAGAAAUUUUACAAUGGGAUUUAUAAAUAAAAUUAUUUAUUUAUUUUUCUUGCUAAAUUAAGACUUCAAGAAAUUUAAAAUCAUGAAUAAGUUUCUACCAUCUUUCGUUUUAAUAAUUUAAAAUCAACGCUUACAUUCAAAAGGAAAAUAUACUGUAUACGGUAAAAUUUGUCGCCGUAAAAUCGUCAAAGUUUAUUGAAAAAAAAAAAUUUUACAAAACGAUAAGAGGAUU